GCUGUCAGUUGCGUUCCACUGAGAGGGGGGUGCGACUUGUCCACCUAAAGCGGCGCUAGUUUAAACGACAAAUGUAACUUCCCCAACACAAGGCCAAAAUGGGAUUCACACCGAGGCGCUACCUUGGUGUCAAACCGCCGAGUCCGUCCCUUCUGCUGCCUUUCCUGCUCCCGGUGCUGCUCGUCGGCGGCCAAGGCGACGGGAACGCUGCCAUGGAUAACGUCGUUACCGAGAGGAUGGCGGAGGAGAGCCACCGACAGGACAGUGCCUAUCUGCUGAUCUUCAUAAUGCUACUAACGCUCACCAUCCUCACCAUAUGGCUCUUCAAGCACCGCCGCUUCAGGUUCCUCCACGAAACGGGGCUCGCCAUGAUCUACGGUCUCCUGGUGGGUGUGAUCCUGCGCUUUGGCAUCCACGUGCCCCAAAGCACGAGCGACGUUGUCCUGGAGUGUGCCGUCAACGCCAGCCCGGCCACGCUACUGGUCAACGUCAGCGGCAGGUUCUACGAGUACACGCUUAAGGGGGAAGUGAGCCGCGGCAAAGACCACCAAGUGCAGGACGAUGAGAUGCUGCGAAAGGUGACCUUUGACCCAGAGGUGUUUUUCAACAUUUUGCUGCCUCCCAUUAUCUUCCAUGCAGGUUACAGUCUAAAAAGGAGGCAUUUUUUCCGAAACAUCGGCUCCAUCCUGACCUACGCUUUCAUGGGAACAGUCAUAUCCUGCUUUGUUAUCGGACUCCUCAUGUAUGGCGUUGUGUCCUUUAUGAAAGUUGUGGGCCAGCUCGGCGGGGACUUUUUCUUUACCGACUGCCUCUUUUUCGGGGCCAUCGUCUCGGCAACAGACCCAGUGACAGUGCUGGCCAUCUUCAACGAGCUGAAGGUAGACGUGGACCUGUACGCUUUAUUGUUCGGAGAGAGCGUCCUCAACGACGCCGUGGCCAUUGUCCUCUCGUCCGUCCUCCUGCGCUUUGAGAAGCAGAGCAGGCAGGGGGCCGGAGCUGCUCUCUCCACCGGAGAGGACAGCUCCGCUAUGCCCGAGGAGAUAGAAGGACGGCUGGGAGAAAACCAGACGUUUACUCCUCGUGGAUCCAUUGUUGCGUAUCAGCCUACGGGGGACAACAGCCACAGCUUUGAGGCCAUGGCCGUGCUAAAAUCCUUCGGGAUCUUCCUGGGUGUCUUCAGUGGCUCUUUUGCUCUCGGUAUGGCUACCGGAGUCAUGACUGCUCUCGUCACAAAGUUUACUAAGCUGAGGGACUUCCCCUUGCUGGAAACGGGCCUAUUUUUCCUGAUGUCCUGGAGCACCUUUCUGUUGGCAGAGGCCUGCGGGAUGACAGGCGUCGUGGCAGUGCUGUUCUGUGGAAUGACUCAGGCUCAUUACACCUACAACAAUCUCUCUCGUGACUCUCAAGACAGGACUAAACAGCUGUUUGAGCUGCUCAACUUCCUGGCAGAAAACUUCAUCUUCUCCUACAUGGGCCUGACUCUCUUCUCCUUCCAGUCACACGUCUUUAACCCGAUGUUCAUCAUUGGUGCCUUUCUGGCUGUGUUUCUAGGCAGGGCUGCAAACAUCUACCCCUUGUCCUUCCUCCUCAACCUGGGCCGCAGAAACAAGAUCGGAAUGAACUUUCAGCAUGUUAUGAUGUUUGCAGGCCUGCGCGGGGCCAUGACCUUUGCCCUAUCUAUCCGGGACACGGCCACGUACGCCCGCCAGAUGAUGUUUUCCACCACCCUGCUGAUCGUUUUCUUCACCGUGUGGAUCUGUGGAGGGGGCACCACGCCCAUGCUGUCGUUCAUGAGCAUACCAGUGGGAGUGGAUUCCGAUCAAGAGCACUCUGGCUCAGCUGUGUUGGAUGGGUCGCAGAGGAGAAGCACCAAACAUGAAAGCGCCUGGCCCUUCAGGAUCUGGUACAACUUCGACCACAACUACCUGAAGCCCCUCCUGACCCACAGCGGACCCCCUCUGACCGCUACUCUGCCAACAUGUUGUGGCCCCCUGGCACGAUGCCUCACCAGUCCACAGGCCUAUGAGAACGAAGGCCAGCUUCACGACGACGACUCCGACUUCAUCCUGAACGACGCCAACGUGAGCUCCAUGUACGCCGACGUCACCGUCAGCACCGACGCGUCCGGGUCCCGCACCAUCAACCCCAAGCACUCCGGCGGCGGCCCCUUCAACGAAAGUCGGGACCGCGAGCCGGACGCGGCCGAGCGCGACGUGGCGAUCCGCGGCACGCGGCUCGUCCUGCCGAUGGACGACCCGGCGGAGCCGCCGACGACCGUCACCCUCCCGCCUCCGCCCUCUCCUCCGCGCUCCGAACCUCGCAGGCACAGACUGUAAGAUGGGGUUUCGAUGUUUCUGUCGGUAAAAAACAAAAAAAACAAAAAAAACAAAAAAACAACAACAACGAUCAAGACGUAGUUCACAUGUAUAAUGAAUCAAUCUUCGAUCAAACUGCUUUCAUGGUACCCUAACGUUUUAGUGUUGACUGGACCAACAUUGUGUCUAAGAAGCAGUUUGAAAUCAAUGUCACCUUAUGCAGCGCGAGCCGUGCUUGAUUCAGCUCCCCGUGUUGGUAGACUCUCGUGAUCUUGAUUAUUAAUGCACUACAUGUAGACUAGGGUACUAAGAUCCUGCCAGGCAGCCCAUACAGAAGGCUAUCGUUCUGAGCUGAUUCGUUCGUACUACUGCGGUCUCCAAAAGCUCCAACUUUCUCUGCGUGUGUUGCUCCGCCGCGGAAACCGCGUGGAAAACGUAGAAUUCUCUGUGGUCGGGUUCCCACUGACGAUUUCUUCUGCGUCUAUCCAAGUAUUUGUUUUUAAAGAUCCCACCAAACUCUAAAGAUUACUUCACACGACCUCACUAAUAUGUCCCCCGGAGAGCUUUUAGACUUGAUUUUUAAUUUAACCUUUUCUGUCAGCUUAAAUUCCACCUAACCGAGGUUGGGAUUCUCAGCAGGGAGAGAGAUUGAAAAGAGGGAAUGCCGUCGAGGGGAGCGUGUGCUAAUGUAUAUAAAGUUCAAGGCGGGAGUUUAAGUUUAAGAUAAGAACACUAAUACCUGCUGUCAAGCAAGGAGUUGGCAGUAUCAUGCUGAGGGCCCGUGCUCAAGCAUCCGGCCUUUGUUUUUGACCCAAGUAUCUACACUGAGACAGAUUUUAGCACUGACCGCCUGUUCGAAUCGUUUUUAACUAUUGAUUUAUUUAUUUAACAGAAACAUUGUUUAUAACUUUGGUGAUUUUUUUUUUUUUGCUUAUUUAUUAUUUAUUGUGCAGCUUUUCAAUCAUUACUGCCAGGUGCCGAACACCUCCUUUUUAUUAAAAUAAAUGACAAGCACAACUUUUUUUUUUUUUUUUUCUACACGGUACCUUUUUGCGAUGAAGACGUCAGACAUAGAUAUUUAUUCCUGGGGUUUGUCUUUUUUCCCCCGUACCGUAGCACAUGCUUUUACUUUAUACUUCGCAACCUGAUCUUCCUUGUGUGUGGGUGGGUGUGUGUGUGUGUGUGUGUGUGGUCAGAUUUUAUAUAGUUAUUAUUAGGGCUAAUGUUUAUUCCUUUCCUGGGUUUACCACUUCCAUCGGGUUGAAGUUUCUUGAAGAAAAACCACUAAAAGAACAACAAGAAAAAAAAAAGUACCGAUUUUGUUGCCAUCAAACAUGGAAAAAGAGGCUAGCUGAACUGUUUUGAACAUAAGUGCCUAUUCAGGAACUGUCUUUGUACAUAUUUUUGUUUUGCUUAAGUGCAGUAAGAUGAUCCUUUUAAAUAUCACAUUAAACCUUCGGAUUGAUGCUACAUACUCCACUUUUCCUCAGUAUAAUUUAACUCCCAGCGUCCCCAUCUGUCUGUGCUUUUACUGUCAAAUCUCUGCUGGCGAAUCUAAAAGAUUGCUCACAUUUCUAGGCAAAAAAAAAAAAAAACAUUACUCUUACCUUGACAGUUUCAAAUGAAGAAAUAAAAGAAAGUCUCUAUACUUUAAUGACAGCGGCUGAAAAGGAACUAAAGGGAAAGGGAAGUUGUCUUCAUACCGACUACGCUCUGCACUUUCUUUGAUAUAGUUUGUUUAUUCUGUUCUGUCAUCCUUCAGAAAAUGAUUUAAAGUCCCAUUUUGGUCAACUGUUUAACUCCAUGUGAACGCUUGUUUUUAUUGAUGUGAAAUGUGACGACGUCACAAACAGUAAUCUGUCAUCUGUUAGGUUGAGCUCCUGAUCAAGCAGUAUUCUCUAUGCGCUUUUUGAGUUUCUGCGUUUCUACGUCCGUCCUAUCACAUUUAUCUACAAGGAGAUUUUGGGACAAAAAAAAAAAAGAAUAAUAAUAAAAUUAAUUUGUGAAAGUGUUUGAUGUUUCUGCAGUUUGUGGAAAAUAUAUUUUUGGGUACGCUUUCAACAGGUCCAUGUUUUGUUUGACUUUUUAAAGAGACAACCUGUAAUCCUAAAGUAAUUGUAUCAUCAGUUUAACAUCCUGCAGAUGUGAAAGACAAUAAAAUCACAUUUUGAAGCCGUCA